UUUCUCUCUCUCUUUAUAAGAACCCUAUUAAAUUUCUUGGUACUGUAACAAAAGGAAAAUAGAAUCGGAGCCAGAAUUUAUAUUCUCUGUUUCAAAAUUUUGAUGAGAAAGAAGAAAUGAUGUUUCUUGUUUUGUUUGCUAGAAUAUGAAAAAGAUUACUUGCUUCCUUAUGUCAGUUUCCUUUAACACAAGAAUCCUACUUAAACUUCUCAUCAAGUAAUCAUCUCUUUCACUUAGAAAAGCACUCAAAAUUUUCUCUCUUUAUUGCUUUCACGGUUACACCUAGCUCUUUUCUUCUUUAGUUGCUACAUCAAUGUCUCACCACCAUUAUGAAACCAACCCUCAUUUCGUUCAGUUUCCCUUUCAGGAUCAACAUCCUGGUGGUCCCUCUAGCUCAUGGACCGCUCCACACCACGACCAGAUCCCACAGACUCACUCAACUGGUCCACCUAGGGUGAAAAUAAAGACUCGAGGACGCCACCAGACUGAGCCACCUGACAUAAUCCAUGAAUUGCCAUCUUCAAGACCUUUGCCACUGAGGCAAGAGGAACCGUUACCACCACGCCAUACUCCAAACUCUGCCAGGCCAUUGCUAUUGAGCCCUGACGAGCAGCGACCUCAACACCGUGGCUACGGAUCUGAACCAAGUCCAUGGAGAACAGCUCCAAGAGAACCAAGUCCAUGGAGAACAGCUCCAACACGACCAGUGCAUCAACCAGGUCCAAAGAGGACCAAACCCAUGACAUUGCCGGCCACAAUAUGCUGUGCAAUUCUCCUGGUCGUCCUGGUUUUUUCCGGUCUCAUCCUCCUCAUAGUCUACCUGGCCAACCGUCCACGCUCACCGUACUUCGACAUCUCAGCAGCAACCCUAAACUCUGCCAAUCUCAACAUGGGCUACGUUCUGAAUGGAGAUCUCGCCAUUGUGGUAAACUUCACAAACCCGAGUAAGAAAAGCAGUGUGGACUUCAGCUACGUGAUGUUCGAGCUCUACUUCUACAACACACUCAUAGCGAGAGAACACAUCGAGCCAUUCAUCGUACCAAAGGGGAUGUCAAUGUUCACGAGCUUCCAUCUCGUCAGCAGUCAGGUGUCGAUCCAGCAAAUUCAGAGCCAGGAGUUGCAGCUGCAGCUCGAAACUGGACCAGUGUUGUUAAACCUGAGAGGAACAUUUCACGCUCGCUCGAACCAUGGGGCGUUAAUGAGAUACUCUUAUUGGUUGCACACACAAUGCGGCAUCUCGUUAAAUACCCCUCCUACAGGGACUAUGCGAGCAAGAAGAUGCAAUACAAAUCGCUAGCGAGUUGCAGCAUUCUGACAAACUAUAUUUGCUUCUUUUCUUGAUACAUUUGAUUAUAUAAUAUACUCAAAUAGAUAGUUUAUUGUGUUUUUUUUUUGUUGAAUAUUGGUUUCAUAUUUUUCUGCUACUUUUAGAAAUAAGCAAAACGGCAAAGGGGGGAAAUGCAUUUGAUCUAGAAUUGUAUGUAAUUUGAUUUUAAAUGUUCUAGAGAUGAAAAUAUGUUUAAUGAGAAUCCAUAAUUAAUCA